AUGACCUUAUUGCGGAAGUCGGAAGUAAAAAAACACCAUGAUCGAUGAUAGCUAUUCAAGUGGGAGGGAACGAAGGCCAAGUAAAACACACACUUCGCAACGGAGAACCGGCAAUUUGGAUCCAAGAUGACGGACUCUAAGUAUUUCACCACUACCAAGAAAGGAGAGAUCUUUGAGCUGAAAGCUGAGCUGAACAGCGAUAAGAAGGAGAAGAAGAAGGAGGCUGUGAAGAAGGUCAUUGCCUCCAUGACCGUUGGGAAGGAUGUCAGUGCCCUGUUUCCAGAUGUGGUGAACUGCAUGCAGACUGACAACCUGGAGCUGAAGAAGCUGGUCUACCUGUACCUGAUGAACUAUGCCAAGAGCCAGCCUGACAUGGCCAUCAUGGCUGUCAACACCUUCGUCAAGGACUGUGAGGACGCUAACCCCCUGAUCCGGGCCCUGGCUGUGCGUACUAUGGGCUGCAUCCGCGUGGACAAGAUCACUGAGUACCUGUGUGAGCCUCUGAGGAAGUGUUUGAAGGACGAGGACCCCUACGUGAGGAAGACUGCAGCUGUGUGUGUGGCCAAGCUCCACGACAUAAACGCCCAGCUGGUGGAGGACCAGGGCUUCCUGGAUACCCUCAAGGACCUCAUCUCUGACUCCAACCCCAUGGUGGUAGCGAAUGCCGUGGCAGCCCUGUCUGAGAUUGCAGAGUCCCACCCCAACAGCAACCUGCUGGACCUGAACCCCCAGUCCAUCAACAAACUGCUGACGGCCCUCAACGAGUGCACAGAGUGGGGUCAGAUCUUCAUCCUGGACUGCCUGGCCAACUACACCCCCCGUGACGACCGCGAGUCCCAGAGUAUCUGUGAGCGGGUGACCCCCCGUCUGUCCCAUGCCAACUCUGCGGUGGUGCUGUCGGCAGUCAAGGUGCUGAUGAAGUUCAUGGAGAUGCUUCCUAAGGACCUGGACUACUAUAGCACCCUGCUGAAGAAGCUGGCCCCGCCCCUGGUCACCCUGCUGUCUGCAGAGCCCGAGCUGCAGUACGUGGCCCUGAGGAACAUCAACCUGAUCGUACAGAAACGCCCAGAGAUCCUGAAGCAUGAGAUGAAGGUGUUCUUUGUGAAGUACAACGACCCCAUCUAUGUCAAGCUGGAGAAACUGGACAUCAUGAUCCGCCUGGCGUCUCAAGCCAACAUCGCCCAGGUGCUGGCAGAGCUGAAGGAGUAUGCCACUGAGGUGGAUGUGGACUUUGUGCGGAAGGCAGUCCGAGCCAUCGGCCGCUGUGCCAUCAAAGUGGAGCAAUCAGCGGAGCGCUGUGUGAGCACCCUGCUGGACCUAAUCCAGACCAAGGUCAACUAUGUGGUGCAGGAGGCCAUCGUGGUCAUCAAGGACAUUUUCCGCAAGUACCCCAACAAGUAUGAGAGUGUGAUCGCCACGCUGUGUGAGAACCUGGACUCUCUGGAUGAGCCGGAGGCACGGGCGGCCAUGAUCUGGAUCGUAGGAGAGUACGCGGAGAGGAUUGACAACGCUGAUGAGCUGCUGGAGAGCUUCCUGGAGGGCUUCCACGACGAGAGCACCCAGGUGCAGCUGCAGCUGCUGACAGCCAUAGUGAAGCUGUUCCUCAAGAAACCCACUGAGACCCAGGAGCUGGUGCAGCAGGUGCUCAGCCUGGCCACACAGGACUCUGACAACCCGGACCUGCGAGACCGUGGCUACAUCUACUGGCGCCUGCUCUCCACUGACCCCGUGGCUGCCAAGGAGGUGGUACUGGCUGAGAAGCCCCUGAUCUCAGAGGAGACUGACCUGAUUGAGCCCACCCUGCUGGAGGAGCUCAUCUGCCACAUCGGCACGCUGGCUUCCGUCUACCAUAAACCCCCCAGCGCCUUCGUGGAGGGCAGCCGCGGUGUGAUGCACAAGAGGCUCCCCGCCCGCACUGGGUCAGGAGAGAGUACGGAGAGCCCAGACGUGGGCACUGCUGCUGGGGGCUCUGCUCCUGAGGCUGCGCCCUCUAUCAUCCCCUCCCAGGGAGACCUCUUGGGGGACCUUCUCAACCUGGACAUGGCACCCCCCACCACCAGUGGCCCCCCACCCCCCACCACCGGCAUGCAGAUGGGGGGCAUGGACCUCCUGGGUGGAGGUCUGGACAGCCUGAUGGGGGAUGAGUCUGAACCGCCCCACGUUCCCCCGCGGACGGACACUCCUCGCUCUCCGUCACCUCAGCCCCCGUCGCCAGUGUACACCCACACUGACUACACCUACACUGACUACAGUCACACUGACAGCCCUCCUGACCACAGCCCUACUGAGCACAGCCCCCCUGCAGAGCUUGGAGGAGAUAUUGGUGGGAGUCCUGCGAUGGGGGCAGGUUUUGGGGCGGCUCCUGCUGUGAUGCCAGCCUCGCUCAACGCCCCAGUGGGGGGUGGCCUAGGAGACCUGUUUGACCUGGGUGGGGUUGGCAUGCCGAUGGGAGCAUAUAUUCCUCCCAAAAUAGUGUGGCUCCCGGCCAUGAAGGCUAAAGGUCUGGAGAUUUCUGGGACCUUCGCUCGGCGUGCUGGAGUCAUCCAGAUGGAGCUGAUCCUCACCAACAAGGCCAUGAGCGUCAUGACUGACUUUGCCAUCCAGUUCAACAGGAACAGUUUUGGACUGGCCCCUGCCGGCCCUCUCCAGGUCCUCACCCCCCUCGGCCCAAACCAGACAAUUGAAGUCAGCCUCCCCCUCAGCACUGUCGGGCCAGUCAUGAAGAUGGAUCCUCUCAACAACCUGCAGGUGGCUGUGAAGAACAACAUUGACGUCUUCUACUUCAGCUGCCAAUACCCCAUCAGCAUGCUGUUUGUGGAAGAUGGAAAGAUGGAGCGUCAGGUGUUCCUGGCCACAUGGAAAGACAUUCCUAAUGACAACGAGUCUCAGUUCCAGAUCAAAGACUGUCAUCUCAACUCAGAUGCAGCCAGCAGCAAGCUGCAGGGCAGUAACAUCUUCACCAUAGCCAAGCGCACGGUGGAGGGCCAGGACAUGCUUUACAUGUCCAUCAAACUGUCCAAUGGCAUCUGGGUGCUGGCUGAACUGAGGGUGCAGGCUGGAAAUCCCAACUACACGAUCUCUCUGAAGUGCAGAGCACCAGAGGUGUCCCAGUGUGUGUUCCAGUGCUACGAGGCAGUGCUGAAGAACUGAACCCCUGACAGGGCUGAAGUAGGGGGCGCAACCUGAGGCAUGGAGACUGGAGACUGGCCCUGACUGGAGGGACCUCCUGGACCCCCAACCGUCCUGACCCUCUCCUCCCCCUUCUCCUGACAUACAGGCUUUUGAAAGACCCUUCCCUUGUAGAAUCUCCAACUUUGCUGUCUGUCUGUGUGCCUCCCUGGGGACUCUGGUUUCUAUCUGUUCUUUCUGUCAAGCACUAACCCUCCACUCUACAAGUCCUUAUCUGAUUUAAGUCUGAAGUCUCUAGCCCUCAUGGUCCCAAAGCUUUCUAUAGACCAAUCCUGUCACCCACAUCAAUAGUUGGAAUGGCCUUUGUCUUCUUCACCUUGAACAUGGUUGGGGUUGUGUUUCCCAUAACCCACCAAGUCUAGUCGGUCUUCAAUGAGAGCUCACUACCAUGUCAGAUCUCCCUUGCAUGAUGGCCUAACUCCAGUCCAGCCCGUGCUGAUCUGAUUCAGUUCACCCUUCUCCCAUGAGCCUCUAAUCUGGGACACACCUGGUAGGGAUUUUCAGCUAGUGCUGCUGGGGGAGACUGAUGCGAUCCUUGUGAUCCUUGUGACUGUUUCUCCAUACCCCCCUGAUGUCUUCUCUUUUCACGAUUAUCUCACCUCGCGUCUCUGCAAAUUAGUACCUAUAUUUAGUGUGUGUAAUCAGCAGUUAAAUCUCUACUGUCAGCAUACCUUUUGGUGCUUCACAUUAAAAUGUGGCAGUACAGACACAUUGUUUCCCCAUAUCUUGGGGCUGUGAAGCACCUGCUGUGUUCCUGUUCUCACUUCACUCACCCCUCAGCCCCCCCCGCCACCCCUCUCGAUGUCUUCACUUCUCUCUCACAAACACUCUCCUCCUUUUUCUUUUAAAGGGAUGUGAUGUCCCAGCUAGUAAGAGACACUAAAUGUUUUGGAACACACCAUGUCACACAUGUGUUUAGUUUGUUGUUUGCUCUUGAUGUGCCCAUUGGGCUUGUUUAUUGUUGUUGUACUCAAUCUCUGCUGUCUCUUGGAGCAGGUCUCUCUCUCCCGUGUGUGUGUGUGUGUGCAUGUAUUUGUGUGUUGGGGUGCCUGUGUGCUAUUUGUUAUUAGAGAUGGUUGGAGCAACUAAGGCUACAUUAACACAGGCAGCCCAAUUCUGAUAUUUUGCCCAAUUAUUGGCGAAAGAUCUGAUCUGAUUCGUCAAAAGACCAAUUAUUGCCAAAUAGAUCAGAAUUGGGCUGCCUGUGUAAACUCAGCAAUAUACGCCUCACUACUACAUACAAUACCUUUUCUUUUCCUAAUUCUUGCCCCUUUUCUUCUUUAAAGUAAUUCCAUUAUGUAUUCCCAGGUUUGUGUUUGCAGUGUGAUUGAAGUUUUAACUCUGGGCAUGCAGGCGGGCGAGGGCCACAGAUGUUUGGAUGUUGUUUCUGCUGUGUGCGCUCUGUUAAUCAGGGCUGCUUGGGCUCCCUGCCAGGUUGUUGCAUUCUCCUCCCCUCUUAGUUGGUCAAGUACCUCUGCCACCUGUCAUAGAGGCUUCAAACCACCUGUAUGUUCUAUACUUUAUCUGUAUAGGAAACUAACUGUAGAGGUAGCACACAUCAUGAAGUCUUUUGUAUGAAGAAAAUCUGACCAACUCAACUUCACCAUUCUGUUUUACCUAGUCUCUUUGGAAAAUGAAUUGGUUAUUUAAACUUUUGAGUCAUUGAAUCAGAACCCUCUGGAACAUCUCCACAGUGAGCACUUUCACUACUUGGAGAUGAGUGGAUUUACUUGGUCUGUGUGUGGUGAAAACUGACUAGUGUGUAUGUGAUGAAGCUGUAAAGGAGAAAUCUAAUGUUUUUUUGAUUGACCGUUUGUGUGUACAUCAUUUGAAACAGAACUAUUAAAAAUCAGAUAUAUUCACAAAUGCCA